UGGUGGCGAGACACCACGAUCGUCUGCCAGACUGGGCCGUCUGCCUUUUCAGGUAUAAAUCGGGACAUUUUCGAUGGAUCCUUAGCAUUCCUCGUGGAUUUGACAACAUCUCGAGAUCGUCCAACGUCUCAGUAAAGCUUUGCCACUUUCGUCAGCUGUUUACGGCACUCUGAUUACAAUGUUUCCGUCCGCGAUCGCCAUGAAGCCUGCCCUGAAGUUCCAGUCCCGGCGUGGUAGUGACGGAGAGACAUCGGACUCAGAUCAUUGCGAGGACAUCUAUGAUGUCAGUCCAAUGCUUGGAUGCACCGAUGCCCUCACGAGUGAGGCCGCGGCGCCCAAGUGGAGUGUGCCCGACCAGAUGGUCGUGGAUAGCCCGGCGCCGCUGGCUCCUGCCGACCCGACUUACCUGGACGAGUGGUUCCUCAUGAUGAAGAGCAACGAAGUCAAGUUUCAUCCUGUUCAGUCUCUCAACAACCAACCUCAGAUCACACCUGAGAUGCGAGGCCUUCUUGUCCGAUGGUUGACGCAAGUGUGUCAGACCGUGCGACCACGCCUCCUACCGGAGACGCUGUUCCUUGCAGUCAACAUCGUGGACCGUUUCCUGGCCGUGACACCGCUCGGACUGGACUGCCUACAGCUUCUUGGGGCCACUGCACUUUUCAUCGCUGCCAAAAUGGAGGAGGUCCAUCCCCUGUGUGCCGAGGAGGUUGUUGCUAUGUGUGAUGAAGGCCAGUACACCCGUGGACAGCUCAGAAUGCUGGAGAGACGAGUCCUGAGUACGCUUGGUUUCCACCUGACCGUUCCCACCUCCAUCCUGUUCCUGGAGCACCUGGCAGCGCACGGGCAGUACGACCAGCUGACCAGCUGUCUGGCCAGACACCUGCUGGUGACAUCGUUGCAGGACUACGUCAUCUGUCAACACGCUCCCUCCAGCCUCGCUCUCGCAGCGCUGAACUUGGCCUCAAGUCUCGUCAACAACAUGAGGAUGAACACCUGCCCAGCUGUAGAGAGGUGCAUUCUGGACCUGCAGGUGGUGUUGAUGACGAUGAUGGACAGCCUCCCCCUCCCAGACCUCCUUGUGGCAUGUUACCAGCAGUACUGCCAGUGAACUUUGACCUUCAGUCCAUCCCACAAGGCUGCUCUCAUCGAACUUACAACACCAGUUUUCUAAAGCGAUACUGAUGUAACAACAAG